AAACCGCACACACGUGUUUUUCGACUCUUAUAGUGUUUUAUUUAUUUAAAUUAUAAAUAGUGUAUUUUAAAACAUGUUUUAAGUGUUAUCAUACCUUGCUAGCAGUGUUCCAUUCAUCAAAUCCAUAACUUGCAGCAUAAUAAUCCAAAUAACUUCAUCACAUCACUAUAAGCACGAUCACUACAAGAGUUACCUAAUGGAGGCCAUUCAGCAGUCAGUACAGGCUUUGACAGAGCACUUUAACACACAGAUGGCUGAGUUUCAAAAAAAUUUGCAAGGUGCCAUUCCAGCUGCGAGCCCCACCUCAAAUAUUGCAGCUCAAUUCAAUGCUUUCCGGACCUUCGUGUUGUCAGCUCUCGCAGGUCUACAGCAACAAGUGGAAGUCCUAUCCAAGCAAACAGAUCAACUUGAGAUGCGGAGCAGGAAAAAGAUGCUAUUAGUACAUGGCAUCCCCGAAAGCGAUGACAGCAAUCUGGCGGCCACGGUAAGCACAUCUCUGUCUAAUCAUCUCAAGCUGUCGGCCUUCCAGGAAGAGUGUCUCAGUCGUUGCCAACGGAUCGGUCAGACUAAAAGUGACAAGCCCCGGGCCAUACUCCUUAAAUUCCAUGACUUGUCAAUGAGGAACCAGGUGUGGUUUGCAAAGACUUCACUCAAGAAUACUGGCAUAACAUUGUCGGAAUUUCUGACAAAAGACAGACACGACGCUUUCAUGGCAGCGAGGCAGAAGUUUGGGAUUUCGAAAUGCUGGACGAGAGAUGGUCUUAUUAUUAUUGCUGGUCAGGCCAACAAGCGUUACCGCGUCACAACCAUUAAGGAAGUAAAUUCCAUAAGCCAGGCACGCGAUAUUAAAGAAGCCACGCCUUCAGCGGCCGCUCCUACUGCCAAGACGACUCCCAAUGUGAAUAAACCUUCCUCUGAUGCAUUUUCGAAGCCCAAAAGGAACGUCAGGAAGUAAGCAAAUAGCAACUAAUCAGGGACACUUUAUUCAUUCGGACGCUGCUUUCUUGUGCGUUCUUGUAUUGCAUCACUUCUCGCUGACAUACCUACCUGGUACCUACACAUUUCGAUAUA